AUGUCUUUCCACCUGCAACUGGAGAAAAGCAACCCCUUCAUUCUUGUGGCAGCUCGUGCUGUUGGUGCUUGUACUCCUUUGACCUGUCAAUUUCUCUUUGGGCUGACAGAAGGUGGAGGAAAAGAUGGGCUGGCAACAAUCUCUGCAAGAAUCAGAUGUGUCCAAAGUCCGCGCACCAUUUACCUCAAUGAACCCCUGAGGAACAGUUUCUGCAAAAAUGUGAUCAGCACAGCCAAGUACAGCAUGUGGUCAUUCCUCCCUCGAUAUUUGUAUCUGCAGUUUAGCAAAGGUGCUAAUGCUUUCUUCCUGUUCAUUACUAUAUUGCAGCAAAUUCCAGAUGUGUCUCCAAUGGGAAAAUAUACAACUCUCUUGCCUUUGAUGAUUACUCUUAUAAUUUCAGGCAUCAGAGAGAUUGUAGAAGAUUAUAAACGACAUAUGGCAGACAAAUUAGUUAACACAAAGACCACGAUAGUGUUAAGAGAGAAUGCGUGGAAAAUGAUUAUGUGGAAAGAGGUAAAUGUGGGCGACAUUGUGAAGGCCUCAAAUGGACAGUUCCUUCCUGCAGACAUGGUUCUGAUUUCUUCCAGUGAACCUCAAGUAACCUGUUAUGUUGCAACAUCUAAUCUGGAUGGGGAGACAAAUCUAAAAAUACGGCAGGCUUUGUUAGCAACAGCUGAAAUGCAAACUGAAAAACAAUUGUCAAGCCUAUCUGGAAAAAUAGAAUGUGAAGGACCUAAUCUUCAUUUCAGUACCUUCACUGGAAGCUUGCAUCUAAAUGGUGAAAGCCCUGUUCCGAUUGGGCCUGAUCAAGUCUUGCUAAGAGGUACACAACUUAAAAAUACUCAGUGGGUCCUUGGCAUAGUUGUUUACACUGGAUUUGAAACGAAAUUCAUGCAGAAUUCUAUCAAAUUGCCUCUCAAGAGAUCAAAUGUUGAAAAGGUGACCAAUGUGCAGAUCCUGGUGUUGUUCUGGCUGCUUCUGGCCAUGUCCUUGGUGAGCUGUGUGGGAGCCAUAGUCUGGCAUGAAUGGUAUGGAGAAGGCAUUUGGUACUUCAGGACGAAGGAUGACAGCUCCCUCAGCUUCGGGUUCGACUUACUGGUGUUCAUCAUCUUGUACCACAAUCUCAUCCCCAUUAGCCUGCUGGUCACUCUGGAAAUUGUGAAAUAUGUUCAGGCCAUGUUUAUAAACUGGGAUGAAGAUAUGCAUUAUAAAGGAAAUAAUGUCUAUGCCAUGGCCAGAACAUCCAAUCUUAAUGAAGAGCUUGGGCAGGUAAAAUACUUAUUUUCUGAUAAAACAGGAACCCUCACUUGCAAUAUUAUGACAUUUAAGAAGUGUACCAUUGCAGGUAUACUUUAUGGGAAUUUUGGUGACAGUGAAUCUUCUCCAUUCUUCCUCAGUCUGUCACCCUCUGUCAUCUCAGAGUGCUGCGAAUUUAAUGACCCCGAAUUAUUGCAGAACUUUAAAAAUGGCCACCCCACGAAAAAUUAUAUAAAGGAAUUUCUUACCGUAUUAUGUGUGUGCCACACUGUUGUUCCCGAGAGAGAUGGAACAAAUAUAAUCUACCAAGCUUCCUCCCCAGAUGAAGCAGCUUUAGUGAAAGGAGUGAAGAAGCUUGGCUUUGUUUUUACUACAAGAACGCCAACCACUGUCACUGUAAAAGCCAUGGGAGAAAACUUAACGUUUGAAAUUCUUAAUAUCCUGGAGUUUUCUAGUAAUAGAAAAAGGAUGUCUGUAAUUGUCCGAACUCCUACAGGAAAUAUCCGGCUCUACUGCAAAGGGGCUGAUACAGUGAUUUAUGAGAGACUUUCAGAAAAUUCUCACUUUAAGAAGGAGACGUUAAGCCAUCUGGAAUAUUUUGCCAAAGAAGGGCUGAGAACUCUCUGUGUUGCCUAUGCAGAUUUAACUGAGAAAGACUAUCAGCAGUGGUUGAGGGAGUAUUAAAAAGCGAGUACAGUUAUCCAAGACAGAAUGCAGAGUUUGGAAGAAUGUUAUAAUCAUAUUGAAAAGAAAUUUCUGCCUCUUGGAGCCACAGCCAUUGAAGAUCGCCUUCAAGCACGUGUUCCAGAAACAAUAACAACUUUACUGAAAGCGAACAUAAGAAUAUGGGUCUUGACAGGAGAUAAACAAGAAACUGCAAUUAACAUAGCAUAUUCCUGUAAACUGAUAUCAGCUCACAUGCCUCAUAUUCAAUUGAAUGCAAACUCAUUUGAGGCAACAAAACAAGCAGUUGCUCAGAACUGUGAAGCUCUCGGAACCCGGAUAGGUAAAGAAAAUGACCUGGCCCUCAUCACUGAUGGUGAAACAUUGAAGUAUGCCCUCCGUUCUGAAAUUAAGAGGAGCUUCCUCAAUUUGGCCCUCUCAUGUAGAGCAGUAUUAUGUUGUAGGUUAUCUCCCUUCCAGAAGGCAGAAAUAGUGGACCUGGUUAAGAAGCAUGUAGGGGCCAUUACUCUUGCCAUUGGGGAUGGUGCCAAUGAUGUUGGGAUGAUCCAGAUGGCCCACGUGGGUGUGGGAAUCAGUGGGAAUGAGGGCAUGCUGGCCACCAACAACUCGGAUUAUGCCAUUGCACAGUUUAGCUACUUGGAGAAGCUUCUGUUGGUUCAUGGAGCUUGGAAUCAUUUUCGAGUGACAAAAUGCAUAUUGUAUUGUUUCUACAAAAAUGUAGUGUUAUACAUUAUUGAGUUUUGGUUCGGCUUUGUUAAUGGAUUUUCUGGGCAGAUUAUAUUUGAACAUUGGUGCGUCAGCUUGUACAAUGUGAUUUUCACUUCAUUACCACCUUUGACUCUGGGGAUCUUUGAACAGUGUUGCAGUCAGAAGAGCCUGCUUACAUAUCCACAGCUCUACAGGAUUUCUCAGGCAGGGAAUACUUUCAACACAAAGGUGUUUUGGUUUCAAUGUUUAAAUGCUUUGGUCCAUUCCUUCAUUCUCUUCUGGAUGCCCAUGAAAAUGCUAGAGAAUGAUAUGGUCUUACAAGGGGGUUACGCUGCAGACUAUUUGUUUCUUGGAAAUUUUGUUUAUACGUACGUAGUUGUUACUGUCUGUCUGAAAGCUGGUUUGGAGACACAAUCUUGGAAUAAAUUUAGUCAUUUGGCCAUUUGGGGAAGCAUAAUUAUAUGGCUGGUGUUUUUUGCAAUUUACUCCUUCUUAUGGCCCACCAUUCCUAUUGCUCCUGAAAUGGCAGGACAGGUCAAUAUGGUCCUGGUUUGUCCACACUUCUGGCUGGGUUUUUUCAUAGUCCCCAUUGCAUGCCUGAUUCUAAAUUUAAUAUGGAAAUCGAUUAGAAAUACCUGCAACAGAACAUUACUAGAGGACAUUCGGGAGAUGGAAAGUAGCAGAGCUCAAGGACUUCAUCCUCCUACAAUGUUUAAAAGGAGGGUGCAGGCAAAAAAAAAUCAAAACGUCCCUAGCCAGCCCACCGCACAAGACUGUCUUCUGGGAUGAAUCUUUUGAUCAAAGCAUCCCACAUGGGUACGCAUUUUCUCAAGUAGAAUCAGCUGUGAUUACUCAGGAAGAACUAGUCCGUUCUUACAACACCUCUAAAAGCAAAACCAAGAAGAUAUUAAGUAUGCACUCUUCUGACUCCAGCUAGGAGUGAGGUUUGGACCACGACAUCCUGUGUUCUCAUGUCCUUUGCCGAGACUGCAGAACAUGCCAACACCCUCGAACACUCAUUUCUCGUGGCUCCGGGCAGUUUGUAAUUUAUGUAUCAUUUGAGUCACAAUCCUUGGAUAUGAAUAACAGGGGAGGCUUAUUUUCUUUUUCUUAAUUUGUCUUCAAUGUUUUUACCUAACCUAUUUACUUUUCUGUUGUUUUGAAAUAAUUUAUCUGUU